AUGCUAGGCGACACGAGCGGGCACCCCUGGUCCGGCAUGUCGACCUUGCACGAUACCAGGCAAUUCUCUGGCGUCUUUAACAACGCCCAGCCACCCGAGCAGCAUGUCUCGCCAGAUAUGCUUCAGCUCUUCCCAACCGUUGGCGAGAACCAAAUGUGUGGCAUGGAAGGCUGUACAUACGUGGACAAUGGCCACAGCUUGCUGAAUGACGUGCUGGGCAUUCCGCCAGCGGCACACGACCUGGAAUCGGACCUGUCUAUUUCGGCACCCGAGCCCAAGACCUCGGAACGCCACUCGCUCUCUCCCGAGCCGGAGCCUAAGCUGGAAGAGGCACGGUGCUAUGCUGUGUAA